UGGGUGUUUUCUAGCGUUUGUAGUUACCGAUAACAUUUUUUCGUUGACACCCUCAAGCAACAAUGUAAAAUGGGAAAAUAGAAAACUUCCUGAAUAAAAGGUAACAAGCUUCUAUUUGUCUCAAACGUAACAGUUACGUCAUACAUAACGUGUGCUUUCGUCAUCUUACAUCUUUAGACGUCACUUCUACAGCUGUUCUGUGUUCUCGUUUAAUAGUGUCAAACUUAUCAGCAUGACUUUCUUUCCCAGAAGACGUAAUCUCGUCAUCAAGGUUCUGGUGCUUGCACCUGUCACGUGGUUUGUGAUCACAGUGCUGCUAGCUUACAACGAGAAAGUAAACACGGAUAAAAACAUUAAUGUGAGAAACAUACCAAAUCUAGAAAGAGCCAAAGAAAUUAAAGAAGGUAAUAAAAUAGAUUAUAAAAGUAAUCUCCCAGAGGAACCAGCACAUCCACAACCUGUAGAAGUGCGUCACAAACAUCACAAAGAUAGUGAUAUACCUGGUGACCGUGGUCACGGGGUGAUUCCUCCACCCAGAGAUCCUGACGGCUUAGGUGAGAUGGGCAAACCAGUCCGAUUGGCUAACCUAACUCAGAUUCAGCAAGCUUUGGUUAAAGAUGGAUGGGAUAAAAACGCUUUCAACCAGUAUGUUAGUGAUCUCAUUUCUCUCCAUAGGAGUCUACCCGACGUCAGAGAUAAGGAAUGUCGAGACAACACAUAUUUAGACGACCUGCCCCAGACCAGUGUGAUAGUGUGUUUCCACAAUGAAGCUUGGAGCGUCCUCUUGCGGACAGUCCACAGUAUCCUGAACAGAUCUCCUCCGCAUUUACUUAAAGAGGUGAUUUUGGUGGAUGACUUCUCCGAUAUACCUCAUUUAUCACGCCAGCUGGAAGACUAUAUCACCCAGUAUCCAAAAGUCCGAGUGGUUCGGGCCCGACGAAGGGAAGGCCUGAUUCGAUGCCGGCUCCUGGGGGCGUCGGUGGCUACAGCACCCGUUCUUACGUACUUGGAUUCACACUGUGAAUGUACUGAAGGCUGGUUGGAACCUCUGUUGGAUCGUAUUGCCCGAAAUUUUACAACAGUGGUGUGUCCCGUGAUCGACGUCAUCAGCGACGACACAUUCGAGUAUAACUUUAGAGAUUCUAGUAGUCUGAAUGUAGGUGGGUUUGACUGGAACCUUCAGUUUAAUUGGCACGGUAUUCCAGAUAGUGAAAAGAAACGUCGCAAGCAUCCAUGGGAACCUGUCUGGUCUCCAACUAUGGCGGGAGGUUUGUUUGCUAUUGAAAAGAAUUUUUUUGAAAAGCUUGGAACUUAUGACAGUGGAUUUGAUAUAUGGGGAGGAGAGAACUUAGAACUGUCUUUCAAGACGUGGAUGUGUCAUGGAACAUUGGAAAUAGUACCUUGCUCUCAUGUGGGUCAUAUCUUCAGGAAGAGAAGCCCCUACAAGUGGAGAUCUGGAGUAAAUGUAUUGAAGCGAAACUCGGUUCGUUUGGCAGAGGUGUGGCUUGAUGACUACGCUAAAUAUUACUAUCAGAGGAUAGGCUAUGACCUGGGUGACUUUGGAGAUGUAAGCUCAAGAAAAGAGCUAAGAAAGCAACUUAAAUGUAGAAAUUUUGAUUGGUAUCUGAAAAAUGUUUAUCCAGAACUCUUUAUUCCAGGAGAAGCUGUGGCUUCAGGGGAGGUUCGCAACUUAGGUGAAGGGUCCAUCAUUUGCCUUGACAGCCCUGCUCGUAGGGAUGACCUUCACAAACCUGUGGGUCUUUAUCCGUGUCAUGGACAGGGUGGAAACCAGUUCUGGAUGCUUAGUAAAGAAGGAGAAAUUCGACGAGAUGAAGCUUGCCUUGAUUUUGCUGGACAAGAUGUGAUACUUUAUCCAUGUCAUGGGUCAAAGGGUAAUCAGUUUUGGAACUAUGAUCCUAAUAAUCACAGCAUUCAACAUGGCAGCAGUCGAAAAUGUUUAGAAAUGGCACGAAACAAACAGCAAGUGCUCAUGAGAGACUGUACAGGAAGCUAUCUACAGCAGUGGAAAUUUCAGAAUUAUAACCCGUCCAAAGCAAUAAAGACGUAGUCUCAACAGGUUUAGUAAUGUUUUGAUGCAAUGAUCCUGAUAGUAAGGGCUUUACUAUUGCAUUAAAUAGGAAAGAGAUAUCUCACUUUUUUAACAUUUAAGCAUGGGUGAGAACUACACGUUAUCUAGUUUUUUGUGAGGGUUAUGCUGCAUGAUUUAUGUUUGGUUAAUAGCACCUGAAGUGCCCUUCUGAACUUGGUAUUUGAAAUUUGAAGAUUAAACAGAUCUACCCAAGAUGUGAUCUUUAGGUGUACUACAUAUAAGUAUAAAGGAACAGCACAUUUCACUGAAAAUGUUCUACAUUUGUAAAGGAUGAACGAGAUAGAAGAGGAGAGAUACUGUGCCUUAGUCAACGUGUGUUACUGUUAGUGUGUGAAAAGGACAUGAAAACUUUCCACAAAUGUCAUUCUUGUUACAAUGUAAAUUGGUAUGAAAAUAAUAAUAAAAAGCAGUGAUUUGCGAAGAGUAGAUUAACUGAGUGAUACUAUUUUGUUUUGUUUUUGAAUUUAAAGGAUAGUAGCACUGGGAAUCUGUAAAUGCUGUAUAUUAUAUAUAUUAGCUUCUGUGCCAGCUAGUCUUAACUAUCCAUAUCAAAUUUCCUUCAAAAAUCAUUCUUUUGAAACUGAAGGUUUUAGUUGGUUAACAACAGUAAAAUUUUGCCGUUAACAGUAAGUAAUUUUUUCUUUAAUUGUACCAUACUCUUAAUAUAUAUCAGCUAAUAUAUAAUCUGAUGAAUUUCAUUUUAA